GUUCAGUCCAACAUGGCGCUGAUCACAACAACAUGACCACACGACAUUUACAGCUGGAUACGACACUUUUUUAGGAUUAAAAUUUACAUAUUGUCAUAUUUUGGAAACUUUAAACUAACGCGGAUGGACUGAUGUGUCUCUGCGCUUUUGGCUGAUUUUAGCUCACAAAAAUAUCUGUCAGAGAUUAGACCAGAGUAUUUAACCAGAGGAAAAUGUCUCUUUCUUUCAUCUAGAAAUACUUAAAUCAUGACAUAUUGAUGCUCCACUGUCACUUUAUUAAAUACAAGUGUACAGCUCGAUACUAACCCCGCACAGAUGACAGGAGAUUACAGGAGAUUGCGUCAGUGAACAGCCGCAGAAAAACGUCAAUUCUGUCUAUUUAAAGUUGAUAAAAUGUUGUUUAUCGCGGCCGAAUGACAGGUCUGUUGAUAGUUCGCCGUGUUUGUCGUCGUUUAUCGCAGUUGUUGAAGGAUAUGGUCUUUUUCGUGGUGAACUUUAACACAAUGCGCCGAGUUUUGAGGCGAGUUCUGCUGAGUCCGCCCUUCACCACAGCCAUGGAGACAGAGGCUCUGCACACGGACACCAGGAGGAAAAUGGUGGUGGGCCUGGGUAACCCUGGUAUGGACGGCACCAGGCACAAUGUGGGCCGUGCUGUGCUGGACUGUCUGGCGGUGCGUUUAGGGGCGUCGGGACGUUGGAGAGGAGACCGUCAGCUGAGCUCAGAGCUCAUCGUGUGUGACCUGGAUGGAGGCAGAGUGAUUCUGCUCAAACCCAAACUCCUGAUGAACGUGAAUGGAGCUGCUGUCGCCAAAGCAGUGCAGAAGUUUGGCGUGAGGCCAGAGGACGUGCUUUUGGUUCAUGAUGAACUGGACAAACCUUUGGGGAAGAUCGCUGUGAAACUGGGAGGAAGUGCCAGAGGCCACAAUGGCGUGCGCUCCUGCGUCGACUGCCUCAACACUGACGUGAUGCGUCGCGUCCGUGUGGGAAUCGGGCGUCCCUCAGGACACACCUCUGUGGACAGACAUGUUCUGGGACGCUUCAGUCCAGACCAGAGGAAAGUCCUGGACUCGGUCCUGGUCCAGAGCGUGGACCUGCUGCUCAGCCUGCUCUCACCACCUGGGGGAGCUGCAGACGCACACCAGCAGGCUAAACAGAAGAAACAAACUAAACAAACUAAAGGACAAACAGAGGAGAAACUGCAACCAGAGGGACAAGAAGACAGAGCAGAGACGGCCACUCCACAGACGUGACCUUACACCCGGAAAUUGCCCUCCAGAGACAGUAAAGUCUUCAAGUGCCUAGAACAAGUUGAACUACUCAUUUUACAGUUAAACACUUAAGUUUGGCCAUUUUGUUGGUUUAAAAUUUCACUUCCUGGUUGGAAAUAAUGUCAUUACACUAGGGAAUUUCAUCUGUUACCAAGCAACCGUACUGUACACUGAAUCAAAACACCUCUAAUGUCACAGAUUAUUAUGUGACAAAUAAAACGUCUUCAUUUUGUUUAAAUAAUC